AUGUUUGACCGAAUCAAGAACAAGCUUCAUCUUCGCAGACACAAGAAGAGUGAGAAGGUGAUCGGAAACAAGCCAGCUCAGCCAGCGCAGGGAAGGAAUGAGAAAACUCCAUCCGCAUCCACAGCGCCCUUUCAGCCGGCUGCCCCCAAGCCCGCGGCGGAUGCACCGCCCGCCCAGUCUUCCGCCGAUGCACCGGCCGAAGAAACACCAUCAGCCAAGCAGCCAGAUACUCCUAAAGAUUUGUGGGUGGAAGCCCUGAAGUCUUUGCCCGAAUCAAAGCAGGAUAUAUUGAAGAGGAUGGGUUUCAACCAAGAAACCGCCCAGUCUGUUUCAGUUGAAUCCAGCAUCGAUGAUCUCGUGGGUGUUGUAAACAAGAGACAGGAAGAGUGUGAGAAGAAGUUUUGGAAGGUGAAGGUUGGCGAUGAAGAGAUUGUCUUGAGGAACUAUACGAACAAGAUUGUCGAUUGGCUCGAGAAGGCCGGCGACAUUGCCGUACUGUUUGCUCCACCCCAAGCUGCUAUUCCUUGGGCUGUUAUUAAAUCUGCUAUGCAGAUCCCUGUGAUCGAAGGUGAGCAAAUGGCCGCGUUGCUUGCGACCACUGAAAAGAUCGUUCGCGUGAUUAGUCGAGGCCAAGUCUAUGAAUCCGUGUAUCUCAAGAACACUGCUGCCGCGCCCACGGACAAUCUUUCCAAGAACCUCCAGGGUGCAUUGACCACAAUCUAUACCACAUCACUGGAUCUGCUUGCCGACUCGGGUAGCUUGUUUUCUAGAAACACCGCCAUGCGCACCCUUCAAGCACUUGUCAACCCCGGUAAGGUCUCUGGUGGCCUUUCAGCUAUCAGCGAGCAAGAAGAUGAUCUUUUGCGCGAUGUGUCGGCCUGUGAAGUCAGACGCAGUGCAAAUGCAGAUGAUAGCAUGAUUGGAAUGCUAGAUGCCUUGAAUGCCCCCAUGAAACGUAUGGACGAAGGGAUUCAGCAUCUCCUCCAGACUGUGGAUGAAGGAGAACGUAUUAAGAUGUUAGAAUGGAUUUCACCAAUUCCAUUUGGAAAGAACCACAACAACGUUAAAGAAAAGAGGACACCUAGUACCGGUGGAUGGUUGCUGCAGCACGAGGAUUUCAGCAAGUGGGAACAGAACGAAUCCUCUAUCUUCUGGCUCCAGGGCUCCCCGGGUACUGGAAAGACUUUCCUCACAUCUGCUGUCGUCGACAAAAUCCAGGACAAGAUCAAUGAUGACCCCAAGGACGUGGGAUUUGCCUUCUUUUAUUGUGACAAGAACGAAACGAGACGCUCGCAGCCACUGUCCAUUCUUCAGAGCAUCGUUCGUCAGCUCUCGACAACGGCGAAGAACCCCGAAGCUACACAAACCAAGCUUCGUGAACUCUAUUCGAAGUGUCGCCAAGAAGGCACAACCUUCAGUCUUGAAAUUUGCAAGGAGCAGAUCCGGAGCUCGUUGGACAUUUACGAACAGACCACUAUUGUGAUUGAUGCCAUGGAUGAAUGUGAUCCUGAUUCUCGCGAUGUGUUGAUUGAUGCUUUGAACUCUUUCGUGUCCGAGUCUAACAGUAGACCUGUCAAGAUCUUUAUUUCCAGCCGGCCCGACCCUGAUAUUGAAAACCAACUGGGAAACACACCCAACAUCGGUAUCAAUGCAAGUGAAAACAAGGAUGACAUCGAAAAAUAUCUUUCAGCAGAGAUGGGCAAGCUAGCCAAGAAAGCUCCCUUCUUUGGACGGUUGAAAUCUAAAAUCACCGAGGUUUUGCUCGAACGCUGUCAGGGAAUGUUCCAGUGGGCGGCUUUGCAGACCCAUCAAAUUCAAAAGUGCAAGACCGAAUCCAGUGUCUGGCAAAGGCUUGAAAAUCUGCCUGAAGAUCUCCAGAAGGCAUAUGAUGAGGCAUGGAGUCAAGUGGAAGAAUUGGAGGAGCCUGACAAAUUGCUCACAACUCGUGCCAUGAUGUGGGUGAUGGCUGCAGAGCACCCAUUGGCCACAUCUCAAAUCAUUUCUGCUGUUCGUGUGAACACGAAUGGAGAGGAACCCGCGCUUGCCGACGAAAUCGACGAGCAAGGUUUGCUGUCACUCUGUAAUAACCUCCUCACCAUCGAUUCCCAGCUGAAAGUGUGGCGAUUCGCCCACUUGUCAGUACGCGAAUACCUCGAGAGCAAGAUGCAAUGGACACUUCCACUGGUGAACUUUCACGCUGCCAGCGCCUGCUUGACGUGGUUUAUAACCAAGUAUGACAAGGACGAUGACGUUAAUCUCGAUUUGGAAGACUGGGAGUCAAAGCCAACUGAGAUCUUCCAUCUCAUGCACCCAUUCCAUAUAUAUAUGAGACAUCACUGGACGAAGCAUAUUCAAGCAGCCCAGGAUGACGAAGAUUCUCCCCUGUCGUCCCUUCUGAAGAAAUUCCUCGGAUCUCCCGAAACCAGCAGCAAACAGUUUCAAAAAUGGUAUGAAAUCAUUCGAGACGAAUUAGAAAGGAUCACGAUUAUGAGCGAUUACGCAACGGAUCUCAAUUUCUACCUUGUGGCAGCUGGCUACGACGAAGAGUGCCAAGAUAUAUGUGACUUCAACCAAGCACAGCAUCCGGAAUACGGCGAGUUCGAAAGUGAGAUCGGCCCGGCAGACAAAUCCACUUUUGCGAUGUGUCACUUCUCAUUCAAUGCCCUUCUGGCAGAGUGGUGGCAGGAUGCAGAGUUAGAUGUCUGUGAUGCCAACGAAAGAGGCCACAAUCUCCUCACCCUCGCUGCACGGGCAGGCUGCACACCCAUCUGCAAGACUCUGAUUGAUCGGGGUGCAGAUGUCAACUUGCAAGUUGAGGGUCGGACUUAUGGCAGUGCUCUUGUUGCCGCCGCCCACCGGGGACACACUGAGACUGUCAAGUGUCUAGUCGAAGCAGGCGCCAAUGUGAAUAUGGCAGUAGCGAAUGGUAGCUACCAAAGCGCCCUGAUUGCAGCGCUAGUUGCCGGAUACCUUCAGACCGCCAAAUACCUAGUCCAAGAGGCACACGCGGAUGUGAACCAAGCACACACUCCGGAAGAGGAAGAUGAAGAUGAAGAUGAAGAGACAAUCGUGUUGAUCACUCCAGUUGCCUUGGCGGCCAAAUCAGGAAACCUGGAUUUUCUUGAGUUCAUUGUCAGCGCUGGAGCCAACGUGAACGUGCCAGAGCACUCCGGAAAUCCUCUUGCUGUUGCAAUCCGAUUUGGCAACACCAAAUGUGCUAAAUAUCUCCUUCAGAAAGCAGAACCUGAUGUAAAGCUGCGAAUGGUGGAUUCGAGCUUUGCCACAAUUCUCGAACGUGCCGCAGCCGAUGACCGAAAUCUUGAACUUGUCAAAUUGUUGGUAGAGGCUGGAGCCGAGGUGAACCCUACAGAUCUCUCUGGCUCUGGUACACCUCUUGGAGCAGCAGCAUACGGAAACAAAAAGAGUGAUGAUGGGAGCAUGCUUGAUAUGGUCAAAUAUCUUGUCGAAGUCGGCGCGAAUCUCAACAAAGGCGAUGCUGAUGGCAAUCCUGUUACGCUAGCACUAUUUAGCAGAGAUAUGAAGGUUGUCAGAUACCUCGUCGAAGCAGGCGCAGAGGUGGACGUUUCAAAAGACUUCGAACACUCAAUCAAGAGUGGCUUCUUUGAUGGAAUGAAAUUUGCGAUCCAGAAUGGUGUUGAUGUAAACUUGCAAAUCUCAGGAGAUUAUGGAAGUGCCCUCGAGAGGUCAUCAGCCCAGGAAAGCAACCUUGAAGUUAUCAUGACACUGGUGGACGCAGGAGCAAACGUGAACUUGCUAUCCGAAAGUGGCAAUUAUGGGAGUCCUCUUGCAGCAGCCGUUGGAUACUGGCAAGGUGCCAACCUGAACACAGUCAAGUACCUGAUCGAAAAGGGGGCUGAUGUCAACUUGGCGCUUCCGCAUGGGGAAUUUGGUUAUGCUCUCAUAGCAGCGGCGAAGGCUGAAAAUGCGGAGGCAGUCGAGCUCCUAAUUGCUUCAAACGCGGACGUGAAUGCAUCGCCACAGAACGGGGAGUACGGCAGUGCUCUAGUGGCUGCCGCUACAAACAAUACCAACAUUGAAACUGUCAAGGCUUUGAUUGAGGCAGGUGCAGAUGUCAAUGCCACUUUUGAGAAUGGAAACUACGAUUGUGCUCUUGCAGCAGCCAUGUCCAGCUCUCUUUCCGAUUCCAACAUUGUUGAGGCUCUCAUCGCUGCUGGGGCAGAUGUUAACCAGCGAUGGAAGCGUGUCGAGUACGGCAGUGCUCUGGCUACUGCUGCAGCUCGUGGGAGGGUUGAGAUAUUGGAACUUUUGCUAAAAGCGGGUGCUGAUGUGAAUAUGCAACUUGAAAAUGGGGACCAUCGCACUGCCCUUGCGGCAGCAGAAGCUGAGGAGCAGGAGGAAGCAGUGGCGUUACUCAAGAAACAUGGAGCAACGGCUUGA